AUGGAUGUGGUGGGAGAAAAUGAGGCCUUGCAGCAGUUCUUUGAAGGGCAAGAUGUACAUGGAGCCUUGGAAAAUCCCAUGGUGGAUACAAGCCUGUUGGAAGAAUUCAUUAGUAGUGACAUAGAGUUUGGAACUUUGCAAAGCCAGUUGCCAGACUCCCCACCAGACUCUGGCUCAGAACCGUGUUCCCCACCACAGCUACAAACCCCAUGGUGUGGUGCUGUGUGGCCCGGUGGGCUGCAGCCUCCGCUCCCGUGCCCAUCAGUUGGGGCACCGAGCAAGCUUCCCUGCAGGUUCAUGGAGACUUACCCUGACCCCAGUGCCAUGGGGUACCCUUGCACCACCUCCCAGGGCUGCUGCCUGAAGACAGAAAAUGCUGUGACUCCAUGGAAUCAUUCGACAUCCUCCAGCUGUUUUGGUUUUAAUUAUUCAUACUUCCAGCCUAAUGCAUCUCAGAUGUCCGGUAUUUCUGCAGCAUCAAGCAAAAAAAGGAAGCUGUCCCAAUUACUAGGAGAUGGGAUUGAUUCUCCAGUCCAGUCUCAGGAUUCCAGACAAGCAAUUGUAAAGGACUGUGCUGCUGAAGUGCAAGAAUAUGACAGUGAUGGACAGAAUGCAGCUUUGGAAAAAUGCUGUCAUGCUCUUACAUGGCAACCAUAUCAAACUUCUCAGUGGAACAGCUUAUUUGACUCUAAUUAUGAAAAAUUACCUGCUGUAGGAUAUCACAUUGUCACAGAUAAAGGAUUUAAUUUUUCAACAGCAGAUGAUGCCUUUGUGUGCCAAAAGAAGAAUCAUUUCCAAAUCACAGUUCAUAUUAGAAUCACUGGACAUCCAAAAUAUGUCAAAACUCAGCAGGGGAGGAAACCAAUAGAAAAGGUUUACUUGAAAGCUUAUGGAAUUAAGGUGGAAGCUCCAAAUGAAACAAUUGCUAUUGAACAGUCUCAAUCAGAUCGAAGCAAAAAAACUUUUCAUCCUGUAAAAGUUGAUCUGCCAGGGGACCAGACAACUAAAGUAACACUGGGACGGCUGCAUUUCAGUGAAACAACAGCAAAUAAUAUGAGAAAAAAGGGGAAACCUAAUCCUGACCAGAGAUACUUCAUGCUGGUGGUUGGACUGUAUGCUGUCUCUCAGGACCAGUUCUACUUACUAUCUGCAAAUGUCUCUGAAAAGAUCAUUGUGAGGGCAUCUAACCCAGGGCAGUUUGAGAACGACAGCGAUGUGCUGUGGCAGCGAGGGUGUGCUCCGGAGACCGUAGCCUACCACGGUCGCGUGGGCAUUAACACCGACGUGCCGGACGAAGCGCUGGUGGUCUGCGGGAACGCCAAAGUGAUGGGCAGGGUCAUGCACCCCUCCGACAGCCGAGCAAAACAGAACAUCCGCGAGGUCGACACAAAUGAGCAGUUGAGAAGAAUAACACAAAUGAGGCUGGUGGAAUAUGACUACAAGCCUGAAUUUGCAUCUGUUAUGGGAAUAAAAGAUACCCAUGAAACAGGAAUAAUAGCCCAGGAAGUGAAGAAGCUUUUACCUGAAGCUGUUAGAGAAGUUGGAGAUGUUGCUUGUAAUGAUGGAGAAAAAAUAGAAAACUUCCUCAUGGUUGACAAGGAUCAGAUCUUCAUGGAGAAUGUUGGUGCUGUAAAGCAGCUUUGUAAACUAACAAACAAUCUUGAAGUCAGAAUAGAAGAAUUGGAACAGUGGAAUAGGAAACUGGCCAGGCUGAAACGGAUCAACAGUUUAAAGUCAACAGUCAGUGAAGAGAGCAAAGUCAGCAGGUAUAGUCGAGCUAAUAGUCUCUUGCCAUCAGUAAAAUCAGUCCCACCAAAAUCCAGGAAGGUUUGCUUAUCAAAGACCAAAUCUGUGAAGAUUUUCCGGGUGACUAUAAUAGCUUUGAUUGCUAUUAUGGCACUAUGUGCUUUGACAAUAUGGAGCCUAUAUUUACUUAGCCUUCAUGACAGCCGUUUUGAAAAACAUCCAGUUUACAGCAGUACUCCAAGUUCUGUUUCAGUCUCUCCCUCUACUACCACAGCAGCAUUGCCCAGUGAAAGCACAGUUUCUCAGACAACACAGCCCAUCAGCAGGAUCCCUGAAGUGAAUUUCUGUGACAUUUUACCUUGUGACAAGGUCUAUUGUUGUCCAAUUCAUCAACCAAAAGUCAAAUUUCUACGUUAUGAAAAAAAUAAUGCAAAGGAAAAACGGAACAAAAGUGACAUGUUACCCAAAGGAGAUCCUGUCAAAAAACCUGGUGGAAGACCUGAUCUUGGAAAUGACUGGAUUGAUACAACAAUCAGUUCCAUACAGAUUUUGGAAACUCAGCAAAGCAUUGACAAUCGCUAUUGUAGUAAAAAUCUGCAGUGCAGCUCUGGAAACUACAGCUAUGUUAUUCCUAUUAACAAAUACACGCCCAUGGAUGUAGAAAUCUCACUGGAAAUAAACACCACAGAACCAUUAAUUAUAUUUCUCUGCAAAGUCACAUUUGGAAAUUAUUGCUCUCAUUAUUCUUCAAGCCAAAACACUAGGAAGAAUUUUCAAGAAACCACACAGGGACGGCAGCACGUCUGGGCUCUCCCUGUAGCUAAGCUGUAUGACAGCGCGUACUCUUUCCGCGUAGCUGUGCCGGGUUUUGCUAGCUGCUCAACUGACCGUUUCUUUGCUGGAAUAUUUUUUACUGAUUACUACUUCUACUUUUAUCGGCAGUGUAAUUAAAAUGUUGCCAAAUAUUCUGUUCUUUGGGGAAAAGAUGAGGAAACACUUAAUAAGAAAAAGAGACUUGAAAAUAAUCCUGGAUAUUUUUUAAACCUC